GCAGCGCUUGCGCAGUGGGUUCUGCUGAGGCGGUGCUUUGUCAACCGGCUUUGCCAGUACCGGUAGCUGCUGCAAAAAAUUGGCCUCCUAACGGUAGAUAAAGAUGGCUGAUCCUUGGGAAGAAUGCAUGAACUACGCAAUAGCUUUAGCAAGAAAAGCUGGACAGAUAAUCCGGGAGGCAUUGACAGAGGAUAUAACUGUCAUGAUUAAAAGUUCUCCAGCAGAUCUAGUCACAGUCACUGAUCAAAAAGUGGAAACUAUGAUUAUAUCUUCUAUAAAAGAAAAAUAUCCAUCACACAGCUUUAUUGGAGAAGAAUCCGUUGCAGCUGGUGCAGGAAGUAUUUUGACCGAUAAUCCCACAUGGAUUAUUGACCCUAUAGAUGGAACAACUAAUUUUGUGCAUAGGUUUCCCUUUGUAGCCGUUUCAAUUGGCUUUGUAGUAAAGAAACAGAUGGAAUUUGGAAUUGUGUAUAGCUGUGUAGAAGACAAGAUGUAUACUGGUCGAAAAGGAGCAGGAGCCUUUUGCAAUGGACAAAAACUCCAAGUGUCAAAACAACGAGAUAUUACAAAAGCACUCUUAGUAUCAGAAUUGGGGUCCGACCGUGAUCCAGAAGUUAUAAAAACAGUUCUUUCUAAUAUGCAAAGGCUCCUUAGCAUUCCUAUUCAUGGGAUUAGAGCAGUAGGGACGGCAGCUAUUAAUAUGUGCCUGGUGGCCACAGGAGGAGCGGAUGCCUAUUAUGAGAUGGGGAUUCACUGCUGGGACAUGGCAGGAGCUGGAAUUAUCAUUCUUGAAGCAGGGGGAGUGCUGCUCGACAUCUCAGGAGGACCAUUUGAUUUGAUGUCAAGAAGGAUCAUUGCUGCAAAUUGUCAAGCAAUAGCAGAGCGGAUAGCAAAAGAGAUUCAGAUCAUUCCUUUGCAAAGGGAUGAUGCAGUGAAUUAAAUAUCCUAUCACAUGGCUUGUAUUCCAAAAAUAACUUUUCUUUGAAGCUCAUCCAUUGUACCUGAGUAAACAGAGGCUCAGUUAUCCAUCUUGAUAUGUCAAAACCUGCUGCUGAAAUCCUUCCCCUCUCCAAUGUUUUAAACAUUUCUUUUAUUAUUUAUCUUGUGUGCGGCACAUUUUUAAAUGUCAUGCUUUCUUGUCUCUGGCAAGAAAAUAAAUGGGAUAUAGUGCAAAAGAGGAUGAAGUAACUCAUCUAUAUAAUUAACAGUUCAGAACAAGUUUGACUAUGGGUAUAGUUCCAUGUGACAUUUCUUCCUCCGUAUAUUAUAAGGGAAAAGAAUAAAAUCUCUAGCCAAAUGUUUUAAGAGAGAUAAUUUCAUUUAAAACAGAAAUGAAUUUUUAAAAGAAUUUGUUGCCACAAAAUGUAGAAGCAUGAAGACUCGUUUUGUAAUCUGCAUCUGUCAUAUAGGGAUUGGGGAGCCUUUAAUGGCAAGGCAGACCAAAGGUAGAAAGAUGCGCCAAUGUUCUUUCCUCUUUCCCCUUGCAAUUGCCCUGAUCAGGCUGAUCUUUCUCCAUCAGCCUGAUUUCCUUGCUUAGUUAAGGAUGCAUUGUUUUAUAUAUCUGUGGAACAACAUGCUGAGAAAAUUCACUGCUGAUGCUUCCUAUUUAUAAGGGAAAGAAUGCCUUCUGCUAACUUUCCUUAUACAUAUUUUACUCAUAGUUUAUAGUUCCCAUAAACUGUGCAAUACUAAUUAUUGAGUAAUGUAUGGGGUAUAUAGUGAAUGCAAUGCCAGAACAGAAGGUAUGACCGAACUAAAACUAAAAAACCUAUUUAGAUUUAAGUAGAAUAAUACAAUGGUAUCUUAUAUCAGAUUAAGCUACUGUGAGUGUAUUUUGGUCUCUUAGAAUGGCAACAAUCAAAUAAGUGUUUUUUUAAUAUUGAACUCUUUUUGAAUUAGGCGUUUUUGUUUUGUUUGGAUAUGUGAAUAUAUGUGUGGUUUAAUCAUUUAUUUCCAGUUUUCAUAAACUGGAUGAUUUGAAGUAGAUAUUUAAUCCAGAGUUGGAUUCAUUCUUAGAAAUACUAGGUAAAUAAACUAACUUUCAAGUGCAGCAGAUUGCCUUGCAAUGUACUUAAAAUGGAUAAUUCAAUAUGUUGUAUAACCCUCCAUGUAUCAGUGACAUAAUAAAUAGACCCACAAAAUUGUGAUCUAUUUAUUUAUCUUUAAGAUCCCACAAGAUAUUUGUUGUAUUUUCUAAUAGGCUAAUAGCUAAUUCUUUCAGGGAUUACUCUGUAAGAGUGUUUGAAGUACAGUUGAGUGUUUUACUGUAAAUCACUUGAUAAGUGCUAUAUCCAUUAGUAGAGAAAAAAUAUAAUUGAAGAUGUGAAGAAGCUUUACAAAGCUUUAUGACAUCUAGAAGGUUGGAAUCAUAUAUUGAUAGUUGUCAUGUGCUUAUCAAAUCUAAUCAUAACUUUGACAUAAGUAAUUUACAUGACAGAGACAAAUUCUGACAUACUGGUGUCAUAUUUCCAAACUGGUGAUAAAUCAUAAAUGUAAGAUUCCAACCUAUUUUAUGCCAGGAGUUAGUAAUGGAAUGUGAACAGACAUCAACCAUCCAGAAUGUCCCGAUGUCCCCGAAAUUAAGUAAAAAUGUUUUAAAACUCCAAAUGGCCCAAAUCUCCCAUGUUUAGAAUUGUUGGGGGUGCCUUUCUUAUAAGUUCAUACAAUGUUAUCUAACCAUGAAAAUAUUCCUGACUUUUUCCAUGCAUAUUUUUUAUCUUCUUGUGUUUUAGGUUAGAAAGUUAUUAUGUUAGUCCUCUCAGUUUAGCUAUACCGAUGCAAGCUUCUGGUAUAUUGAAAGAAUUAUUUGUUCCAAAGCAGUGAUAAGUAUCCAAAUAAUUUUCACUGAUAAGUUUUGUUUUCCCAGCUCAUUUCCUUUCUAAUUGUUUGCGUUUAACCUCAUUGUAGAAAUAAACUGUUCUUAGCCUAA